AGGAAAAUUGAGUGUUUGCCAUGGUACUGAAUUUGCGAUUGUGCUGUAGUCUCAUACCGUACAGUAAACCCUGUGCCUUUACGGAAACCAUCUCCUGAGAAUCUGGGCAGGGGGGCUUAACAGACGAACAGAACACGAAGUCUUUUUUGGCAGUGCUGGCAUGAUCAGCUGUCACUGAUCUAACUGUAUCUACCCAGUGGAUAUGUAUCACUUCCUAGUUUAUUUGUAUUCACAGUUCAAAUACUUGUAUCUGUGUUCGAUUUGUGCUUUGUUAUUAAUCGUACUCAUUACCUUUGUUGUGAAUUUCAAUUUUUUGUCGUAUUGUAUGCUAAACUUGAUUCUGACUUCUGUAUUCUAUUCAGAACAAGACUGCACCAUUCCUGAUGCCAUGACUCACGUCGUGGUUGGUUGUCUGGACGAGUACUCUACAGGUGAAAUGGACACAGGCAGCUACAGCGGCAGCUGGGGAGUGGUAACUAACAGCACUGAUCAUGACAACAGCACUAUCCCGUCCCCGUGGGAAUACACAUAUGGAGAUAUCAAUAAUGGUUUCCUCUAUGUUAGGGACCAUGGUGUGUACUCAGGAGGGGGUUACACAGCCGCUCUCGGCAAGACACUCAAUGCCAGCCUUCAGACCCUGGCACAUCUUCGCUCCAACAACUGGCUGGACAACCGGACCCGAGCCGUCUUCAUGGAGACAGUUCUGUACAAUCCUCAUGCCAACCUCUUCGCUGUGGUUACCGUGACAACAGAGUUCAGCACCACUUGGCAUGUCUCCAUGGCAACAGAGCUGGUGAUCUUCAGGAUCCACCACGAUGGGCAGGUCCUGCUGCUGGUUCUACGGAUGGUCCUGAUGAUCCUCCUGCUCUUCAGCCUGGUCAGGGAAGUCCUGAGGUUCAACACAUACAUGAUUGCCUACCUGACAGACCCCUGGAGCUGGCUUGAGAUCCUCACCAUUACCACAGGCAUGGCCACCAUGGGGCUGUACUUCCGCGCCCAAAGCACGACAGACGAGGUCUCCGGACAGGAGGGCCGAGUCGUGUUUCAACUGUACCGAGGCGCCGCCAUGUGGUACCAGGUGUACACGUACCUGCUGGGCACGCUCACCUGCUGUACCCUGGUCAAGUUCAUCCACAUUCUCAAGUUCAACAAGCACGUCAGCGCACUGCUGUACACCAUGAAGAAGACAGCCAGGCCUCUCAUCAGCUUCUUUGUCAUGUCAGGCAUCGUCUUCACGGCAUUCGCACUAGCAGCUAACCUCAUCUUCGGCAUCACCGUACCGGGGUACAGCAGCAUGCUGGGCACGUACAUGAGCCUUUUCAACAUGAUGCUGGGAUCGUUUUCGUUUGCCGUUUUGAAAGAGAGCUCCCCAAUCUUGGGCCCUGCAAUUUUCCUGUCCUUCCAGUGCACCAUGCAGUUCAUCCUCCUGACUAUGUUCAUGACCAUCAUCAUGGAUGUGUACAUGGAAGGCGACAACCCUGAGGAUGUAGGAAUGUCUGGGUUCCUAGAUGAGGUGCAUGGGGUCAUACACAAGAUCAAGGCAGCCACAAACAGGUGCAAAGCACAGCCGUCAGCAGCUAGGGAAUUUCAGUUCACUCAGCUGGACCAGAAGCAUGAGCUGUUAAUGGAGCUUAACAGAAGAGAGAAAAGUAGAGAAAAGGAACUUAGAGAAGAGAAACGUAGAGAAGAGAAACGUAGAGAAGAGAGGAACAGAAUGCUCCAGUACUCUGAGAGCCCAAGCUUGUGGUUCUAAGCAAGUCAGAAAUGCUUCAGGUUUCAGCUGACAAU